UGCAAGGCUGUGAACUUAGCAAGAACCACUUAUAGAUUUAGGAACUGCGUAUUAUAUACACUUUGGCUUUUGGUCCUGCUACACAACUCACUUGCUUUGUCCUUUAAAGCGUAUAUGAAGGCGCAUUAGUGAGCGCACGCUUAGAGCGCGCGCAUAGCACGGUUCCGGGGAAGGCCCUGCUGCAUUGCAACGCGGGGCGCGCCGACAUUAGCUUUGAGGACCAGUCUUUGGCAACAUGGCGUUGGAUAUUCGCAUUGCUGGCCGCUACCGGCUUGGCCGCAAGAUUGGUGGUGGUAGUUUCGGUGACAUCUAUCUGGGCACUAACAUUCAGACUGGAGAAGAGGUGGCCAUUAAGCUGGAGUCGGUCAAGACGCGGCACGCACAGCUGCUUUACGAGUCUAAGCUUUACAAGAUCCUGCAAGGCGGUGUGGGCAUCCCCAACGUGAGGUGGUAUGGCGUCGAGGGCGAUUACAACGUCAUGGUCAUUGAUCUUCUUGGCCCCAGCCUGGAGGAUCUAUUCAACUUUUGCAACAGAAAAUUCAGCCUAAAGACGGUGCUCAUGCUCGCAGACCAACUGUUGUCCCGGGUGGAGUUCGUGCACUCGCGCAGCUUCAUUCACCGCGACAUUAAGCCUGACAACUUCCUCAUGGGACUGGGCAAGAAGGCCAACCAGGUGCACAUCAUCGACUUUGGCCUGGCUAAAAAGUAUCGGGAUCCUAAAACGCAUAUCCACAUCCCGUAUCGGGAGAACAAGAACUUGACAGGCACGGCCCGUUACGCCAGCAUCAACACGCACUUGGGCAUCGAGCAAAGCCGCCGCGACGACAUGGAGUCGCUGGGCUAUGUUAUGAUGUACUUCCUGCGCGGCUCGUUGCCGUGGCAGGGGCUCAAAGCCACCACGAAGCGGCAGAAGUAUGAGAAGAUCAGUGAAAAGAAGAUGUCCACCCCCAUCGAGGUGCUCUGCAAGGGUUACCCGAUGGAGUUUGUGACGUACUUCCAGUACUGCCGCUCGCUGCGCUUCGACGACAAGCCGGAUUACUCCUACCUCCGGAAGAUGUUCCGGGACCUCUUCGCCCGGGAGGGCUACCAGUGGGACUACGUGUUCGACUGGACCAUCCUCAAGCACCAGCAGAGCGGAACUGUGCCCCGGGCAACUGCGCCGCGGCCAGAGGCCGCCGCGGGAGAGGGAGAGGAGCAGCAGGACCCGAACUACGGUGGCAGGUUUGACUUCUAAACAGCUUCAGUGCGGCGCUUGUGGCUUGUUGUCUGGUGCAACUUAGCGCCGUGGAGCUUCACCGCCGGCCAAGCUUGGUCGGCGGCUUCCCAUUUGAGGAGUAACGUCAUGGAGCCACGCAUACGGAUGCUUCGGCCAGCGUAUGCCAAUUUCUCUGGGGGUUUUAGCUUUGCCUAGGGUGGGCUGGUCCCUGGCAGGGCGCUUGCUGCCGGUCUUGCCGGCUACGACAUGAGUGCAGCACUGUGCCCAGUUGAGCUGGCGGGUGUUGAGUGUUAACGAGUUUGGACUAAUAGAUUAUAGCAGCGCCUUGCUAUGAUGGAUGAGCGUAGGCCCUGCAGGCAGCGGGCAAAAGGGGGUGUUGCGGUUUGGCGUAAUGGUCGGUUGUUUAACUACAUAGGGACUAGCUAUAUAGAAUUGAGUUAGAUAGGAACCGCGAGAGACGCCAUGACUUUUGGGCCGAGCUUCUCCUUGGGUGCUCGGACACUACGUGGCGUCCAGGCAGGGUGGGGGUUUGAGGACCCAUGACACUGAUUACGUUCUGUUGAGCCCUGAGGCGCGACUGCGCAUCAUGCUUUGUGCAAGCGCCGGUGCACCUUGCGUUGAGCUUAGGAGCUGACCGACUGAGGAUGCUUUCAAGUCUGGUUGUCUAAGGCGGGUCCUUUCUUGCAUGCGCCGAAUGCUUGCUUAGGACCUCAGUCAUGACGACCAGAGAUGCGUUCGUUUGCAGUGCUUGCUUCACUGUCAUGAUUUGAGACGAGUAGCGGGAUUGCAUGUCAUCGGUUUUCGACUGGAUGGAGCGCGGCUUGUCAAGCAUUUGUGGCUCUGGGUCAAGUUAACAUGUUUCCCUUCGUACCAAGCAGCACCGGGAAUGCGGGGGGGUCAUUUCCGUGCAUUAAGUAAAUGAGGCGGUGUCGCGUUGUGGAGGUGGAGUUUCCUAGUUUCCGUAGCCUUGUAACGGCUUCUGUAUGCGAUACUGUCUAGGGGCGGGGUUACUGCCCUGCUAUCCUAGAGCUACAGAUGCUGUGUUACCGGAGACCAAAGGAACCCUACCGUUACAUCUUCAGCUAAUGAGCACUUAUUGUUUACUACAAGCCUUAACUCUUAAGGUGUAGGUUGUAUUCAACGAUUGAGACAUAUAUUAGGCAUUCGCCUUCAAUCCUGGCGGUAUAACCUCGCAGCCUCUGCCCAUCCAUACGCAACACGGCCUGUGUCAAGCCCUCAUGGCUUACGG